GUGGAAAACAUUGCAUGUCAUUGUAACCAACGCAAAGUUGGUUACAAAAUCCAGCAACAAAUAUGAGGAAAUUAAUUCAUAAAUAAUCUGUUCGUGUUAUCCCAUUCUCACAAGUUGUAAAUCUACAAAACAAUACGUUUAGUAAUUGUGAUAAAUCCGAAAGAUGUGUUCACGUGGUAAGUGAUUCGAGCUUCUGCAAUUUAUAGGUUAUACUAGUGGCAUUUAACAAAAAAUAGCGGCACUUUUAAAUGUUGACAAAAAUGUCAAAGUCGCAAAAACUAGACGACAAACAACUUCUAUCCAAGCUGGCGAAAGAUUUUCACGAACUAGUCACUAAUAAAGAAGUAUUACGUACCUCGGUGGAGAGUUUCCUAAACAAUGUAAUUGACGAGCUCACCUUAGGAAUUAUAUUUGAUCUACAUCGUAAAUAUAAAACCAAUUCUUAUGAAAUCGACAUGGAAGAAGACGACGGAGACGAGGACGAAGCGGCCGAAGUGGACAUUUUUGCCCAGCACGAUGUGAAGAAAACACAAGACUGCGUUUGUCCAAACUGUGAUCGAGCAGUAGCAGCAACACGGUUUGCUCCACAUUUGGAGGCCUGUAUGGGUAUGGGAAGGAACAGAUUCAGGAAUGCAACUAGACGUGUCGCAAGCAGCAGCAGCAAUAGUAAAGAGAGGGAAAAUUCCUCAUUUAGUGGUGUCCCGAGUGAUGACGAGGACGACAUCGAUUGGAAUUCAGGAAACAAAAGAGGAAAGAAGAAAAAACGAAAUGGAAAUAAAAAGACGAAAAGUGGCGGUACACCAAAAAAAUCGUGCGAUUCUAGGCCCACCGACUCAUUAAAUGUUGAAAUCGAAGCGGAAGACGAUGACUUGGCGAGUUUAAGAGACCUUCUUCAGGAUCAUUCCAAUAGUUCCUCACCGGCAGAUUCUGUUUCGAGUAGUCAUUCAAAUUCAUCAAGAAAAAAAGAAAAAUCAAAAAAUAAAAAAAAUAAACGAGACAGGUCUUCACCUAGUUCAAGCAUAUCAGCAGAGUAAAUUAAUUUUUUAUUGUGGUAAUUAUUUUAAAAUUCUAUUAUGUUUUUGUGAUUGUAGUAAUUUAAUGACAUGACUUUAUUUAUUAUACUGUCUAAAUUCAAAUACCUCAGUAAAUAUAUAUAAAUGUUAAUAAGAUUACUUACUUAGUGUGAAUUGAUAAGGACAUAUUUUACGCUUCUCUUGCAGGUAUAAAUGUUGUAAAAAUUAUGUGUUUGUAAAUGACAUUGUGAAGAAAGUUGUAGAUAUUAAUUUAUAUGUAAUUAAUUUAGAUUAUGGAAGUA